CGCUGAACAAAAACGUUUCUCUCACAGACUCACAGACACUUGACUCCUGAGCCUUCUGUACCAGAGAAGCAUGGAUUUCAUGGAACUCUUUUUCAUUUCUCUUGGUACUGGAGUUGUGGUGUACUAUGGAGUGAGGCUACUUCUUUUCAGUAGGAUGCUUUUUCCAAAACUGUGGUUUCCACUGCCAAAAACUUUCUUCACCUCAAUGGGAGAGUGGGCAGUGGUGACUGGUUCUUCAGAGGGAAUAGGAAGAGCAUAUGCAUUUGCACUAGCUCAGCGGGGAAUGAACAUUGUAGUCAUGAGCAGAACCAAAACAAAACUGGAUCAAGUGGCUAAAGAGAUAGGAGAAGCCACAGGGCAGAGGGUGAAAGUGAUAGCAACAGAUUUUACCAAAGAAAAUAUCUUUAGUGAAAUUGAAGAGCAACUGAAGGACCUCAACAUAGGAGUUUUAGUCAACAAUGUAGGAACGCUGCCUUGCUUCAUUCCCUACAGAUUCCUUGAGAAUGAUGAGCUGGACAAGACAAUUACCAAAGUGAUAAACUGCAAUGUGAAGACGAUGGCCAAGAUGUGCAAAAUUAUUCUCCCAGGCAUGGCAAACAGAGGGAAAGGGAUGAUAUUGAAUGUUUCUUCUGGAAUUGCUUCUAUCCCAUUUCCCAUGUACACCCUGUAUGCUGCAUCAAAGGUGUUUGUGGAAAGAUUUUCUCAAGGUCUACAAGCUGAAUACAAAGAUAAGGGGAUUAUUAUCCAGUCAGUGGCUCCAUUCGGGGUAUCCACUCGAAUGGCUGGGUUCCAAAAAGCUAACAUGAUAACUUUUUCACCAGAAGACUUUGUAAAAUAUUCACUGCAGUACGUCAGCGCUGGAGACAAAACAAAUGGAAGCAUCUGUCAUACAGUUCUGGGCUGGUUGCUGCAGACUAUUCCACUUAAGAUUCUCUAUGCAGAACCUAUGAUGCAAGGCUUACAAGACUACGCCAAGCAAAAUCGAAAGCAGGCUGGAUUGGUCUAAAUCAAAAUCCAUGUGUGACAGACAUGCUGGUGUGCUUCAGAUCAUAAGUUCUUCUCCCCUUGCUUUUCUUUUUCCAUCAACAGGUUAAUCUUGGUUUCAUCUGUCCGAAGACUGAUAUUUUUUUUUGUGGAGCUAUGCAGGUUCGUUUAGAUGCUUUCUGGGAAAGUCUAAUCAGGUUUUCUUGUUCUUGACUGUAAACAGCGAUUUGCAUCUUGCUAUAAACCCUCUGUAUUUAUGUUCAUGAAGGCAUGUCUUGAUUGUAGACUUAGACGCACCUACCACCUUGAGAGUGUUCUCGACCUGGGUUGAUGUUGAAAAGGUUUCUUUCUUCCUUUUUUUUGUUUAACCAUCAAAAUGAUUCUGCCAUCGCCUACUUUUGUAAUCUUUGUGUGGUCUUUCAGGCAUUUUGGUGUUCUUGAGCCGGUCAGUGUUUGGUCACUCCUGAAGUUUUUGCUAUCUCUCGGAUGAUUUUGUUUGUUUUUUUUUCAGUCUAUGGCCUCCCUUACUUGUACUGACAUCUUUGAAAUUCCAGUGAACAGUUACUAAAUCCACAUUCAACACUCAGAAUCCGCUUCAGAAUAACACUGGAACAGGCCUCGCCUGCCCAAUUAAUUUUUACAGUUGACUGACAAAACUGGUUGUGUACUAAAAAUAAAAAGUUAUAACAUCUACACAGUUAAUGCAUUGCCUUUGUCAAACAGCCCCUGAAUUAAAGGUGAAAGUCUGCACUUCCAUCACAUCUUAAUUGUUUGAUUUAAAAUCCACUGUCAUGGUGUAUAGAGGCAAAAUUGUCUCACUGUCCAAAUACUUAUGGAACUAACUGUAUUAAUAUGAAUGCAGUAGUACUGUCUGAACUGUUUCCAUGUAAAACACACAUGUCUAUAAAUUACAUUCUUAAUUUAAUCUCCACGUCUUCAUCUUAUAGGGACUGAUGCAUGUUGUUUGUUCACUCAAAUAAAUGAAAUAUCACCAUUGUUGGUUUUAAACAAUAUUGUUACUGAACAAAUGGUGCUUUUCAAGUUUACUUGAGUAAUUAGUGUUAUUUCAUGUAAUACUGUGCACUCAAAAACAAGCUUUUCAAUUUGCUUUAAAAAAAAAACCCUCAGGCCAAGUUAUUCCACCCAAAUGCAAAGUA